AUGCAGACCGACCUUGCCCAACCCAUACGUAUCCCUACGCCGCAUGGAUUAGACGUUCCAGAGUCUCAAGAGUCUGUGAUAUCGACCAUUUCCAGCACAUUUUCUGCCCCUGCACUGCCGUCCACCUCGAGUAACCUGUCCUCGGAUUACGAUGGAGCCUCGCCGUCUGAGCCCAAUGAACAAGCGAGUCAUGGCAAAACUGCACAAGCUCCAUCGCCAACCUCAUCAAGUUGCAUUCAUGGUCAAGCUGCCAGAACGAGUGUGCCGCAGAUUGCAACAGCCGCUGCAAACACGCCGCAAACCGGUUACACCACAGCAACUUCCAUGUCGCUAAUCUCCCCUACCACCCAAGGUUUCAAGAGGAGUGCAGAUGGAUCGGUCAAAGGUCAUGGGUCGACAACAAGUCCGAAAGAAGGGAUGUUUGCACACAAGCGGAACAAGAGCAUGGACACACAUUCGAGCACUCGAAUUGGGGAACUAUCCGCACAACUAAAGACUCGUCUCUCGUACGCCAUGGUCAAGGUACAAAACGGCUGGGAGAAGCAGUCACUCGACGAAUUAGAAGAGGUCCACUCUCAACGCGGAUCGCCAAACUCUGCACCUGGGGGCUCUCGGGUGACAUUCGAUUCCCCUUCUAACAUGGAUUAUCGACGAAGACCAAGCGCAAUAUCUGAUAACUCCGACCAAAUGAUAAUGUCCCCAACCUCAGAUUCAGCACGGUCACAUGCCCUUAAUUCAGGAGGUAACGUUGGGCUUGGACUCGCUCCAGCUCCCGAGCUCGAGUCUGGCCGAAGGCGCAGAUCAAGCACCAUACAUCUGCCGCCAUCAUACCUUGGAUCAGCACAGAAAAAGCACAACAGUGAUCUCGGCGCCGGCCCGCGAGCGCCAACAACCCCUCGGGCUAGCAUCCUUCGCAUGCCUAGUCAGCAAGCAGAAAAAGACGCUGUAGACACCCUACUAUUCAUGAGCAGUCCGAAGAACUCACAGCACUUCCCACACACCAGCCUGCCUGCACAUAGCUCGCUGCACGAAGGAGCUCCCCAACGACGCGUCAUGUUCGAAGCAUAUCCACCUCAAGAUCGGCGGAUGGUCUACCAGCCACCCAUGUCCACCUCCAGUCACUACUCCGCCAGCCCAUACGCUCCGCAGCCGGCGCGGUAA